GCAAACUGCAAAGUUUUUCACAGAACAGAUACACAGUCAGUGAGUCACAGUCUAAAGUACGAAAAUGAGUACCCCAAAUGAUUCAACUUUAGAUUCCUUGCUUGUCACCUUGGCCAGUAUGGGGUUUGACCUGGACCAAGGCCAAGCAGCGAUACAGGCAGGCAAACUCACCGUACAUGAAGCUGUAGAAUGGUUAUUGCAAGGUGGAAACAGAAACCAAGAAUUAUCUUCGAGACCGACACCUACGCUCUCCCUUAGACCAUCAUCACAAGCACAGCAGUCUUCAAGCUCCAGCUCUCGAGACGAGAAUUACCUUCCUUUCAGUAUGCCACCAACUUCUGUACCAACUGACCCAUCCCCUCCCGGUUCUGCUCUUUCAUCUGCUGAGCAAACCCCCACUGGAAGUAAUGACUCAGAGAAGGUUGUAAGCAGGUUCUCCCUGACAGACAAGAAGAGAGAGGAGAAGGACAGAUGGGAGCGAGAACAGAGGGAACAGCUCUCUGCAAAGUACAAGGAGGAGAGAAUGCGAAAGAAAAAGGCGCAUGACAAAGUUCUGAAGGAGAUCGAAGAUGACCGUAAAGCCAAGCAACUCAAAACCCCUUCACAUCCAUCACCAACGAGCCCAACUGCUUCCGGGGCGCAGUCAAUGAUGUCAUCAGCGGUCAAAGACACACCAGCAACAGCGUCAUCCAGUUCAGAGACCCCUCUAAAGUCCAGUUCACAGAAUGUGUCUCCUGAGUGUAAAGAAGCAGAAGAUGCAGCUAAAGAGAAAGAGCAAACUGCUCCAAAACCCCCAGUGAAUUGCAUUCUCCAGAUCCGUCUUCCUUCAGGCCAACACAUGAGGGAGACAUUCUCUUCUAGUACUUCCUUGAGUGAUGUCAUCACCAAGAUCAAAGAACAUCACUCAUCACUGGGUGACAAUGUUGAGCUAAUGCAGCCUUUUCCAAGGAAAGUGUUUUCUGCAGAGGAGGUAACCAAGUCUCUUCAUGAAUUAGGCCUUACACCGAGCGGGAGUCUGGUUGUCACGACAGGUAGUCCCUCACAAGCUCAAGCACCCGGCUUGCCUGAGGACCUCAACACAGGCCAACCAUCUUCCGGAAGAUUACCCGGAUUCAGGUCCGGUGGGCGGAUUGAACCCAUGCCCCCUCUACCACCUCAAGGCGUGCAACCACCGGUCCACCGAUGGGGGCAAGGUCAUGCCUUGGGAGAGGCAACGGGGGAGCGACGGGUGGAGGAAGAGCCUGGGGAAGAAGAGGGCGAGAUGGAGAGAGAAGCGGUUGCCAUGGAGAUGGAAGAAAAUGCAGGAGAGGGACUCUAUGGCAGAGAUUAUGGAGACGAAAGGAUGGCGGUGGAUGAGGCCGGAUUGGGGGGUGGUCUGCAGGAGGAUGGGGUAGAGGAUGAAGAGAUGGAGGAUGAUGACAGGGGCAUGGUUGAUAUGUGGGGCCAGGCGGUUCCACCUGAGUUGGCUGGUAUGAUAGCAGGUGGUGGUCGACCAGGAGGACAAGGAUUUGGUCAACACGUAUGGGGAGAAGGGCGGCGGUUGGAUGCUGAUGGACCAGGAAGGUUCGAUUACGGAUUCGCCCAGGCACAGGGAGAAGAUGACGGAGAAGGAGAGGAAGUGGCACCAAGUCCUGCUCGUAUCGCUGCUGCAGCGUUACAGAGACUCGUCAAUGUUGCCCCUCCCCCUCCCAGUCAGACCUCCCCACCCACGGAGAGACCCAUCCCAACCCUCCUUGACAUGUGUGUCAAGUGUACAUCCAAGCGUUUGGAAGGACACCAGACAGGGUUCAGCCGACUGGAAGCAGUGCCUCCCAUGGUGGCAGAGAGGCUGCUGACGGAGCUGAAGAAGUCGGGACAUCUCAGACCAAAAACAUUGAUGAUGUUUGUUCCUUGCCACUUGCAACGUCUUGCCCUAGACUGCUAUAAGUACACGACCAAUGAACUCCUUCAGACUGUACGUCCUCACAUCCAUCUAUCUUCUCUCAAUCUUGCCUCGUGUCCUCUUAUCACAGAUCAGGGUCUACAGCAUAUUACAAGUCUGAAGAAGCUUCAGCACUUGAACCUGAGCAACAACAAGAGUCUUACUGACAAGGUCUUCCAAACUCUUCAAGUGUUUUCAAGUUUGUCAACAUUGCUACUUGAAGGGACUUCAGUGACGGAUGCUGGUAUCGAAGCCUUUGUUGCUGUCCCUCCUCCCAACCUCACAAACCUGAGCCUGAACAGGACCGGUGUAACAGACCUGGCAAUACUCUUCCUAGCAAGAUUAUCAAAGUUAAGGAACCUUGGUCUUGAGCAGACACAGGUGAAAUCCUUGGAACACAUUGGUCACUUGAGUCAGCUGGUGUCUUUGAACCUGUCAAGGAAUCGUCUAGAGAGUGAUGCGUUGCUCCGGCUUCAUCAGGUCCCUACUCUCAAGGUACUUCAUAUCUCACAUGUUGAAGGUAUCACCGGUGAUCAAGCUCUCGUUUGUCUACAAGGGUUACAGUUGUUGCAGUUAUCUUUGCCAGAUAGGCACACCACAACAGACAAUGGUCUCAAAUGUAUUGCCGGAAUGUCACUGUGUUCAAUAGAUUUGACUGACUACAUUCACAUCACUGAUGCAGGAAUACACCAUCUUGCUGAUAUGACAAGUCUUCGCAAACUCACUAUCACAAACACCAAGGUGACCAGUGCAGGCAUGCAGUACUUGAAUGGUUUGAUAGAUUUGCUUGAAUUUCAUCUCGACCGUACUUCAGUAGAUGACCAAGGGGUGACUGUCAUCGGUCAGCUGAAUAAGCUUCAAGUUCUGAGCAUGGCAGAAACUAAGAUAACAGAUAAAUUUCUCCUCUCUAAUGUGAUCAACUCAUGCCCUCACCUAUCACGACUGAAUCUCAGUAGAACAGACAUAUCAGACAAAGGUAUCAUCAAGUUGUCGUUGCCUUAUCUCACUCAUCUUAUCCUGGACUAUACAUGUGUGUCAGUUGACUGUGCACAGAAUCUUACCAAGUGCCCUCGCUUGAAGGUUAUCCGUACCAAUAAUCUCAGACAUCCAAGAGUUCUAGACCAGAACUAAGACCUGGGACCAACAUCCCUCUUAAAGGUUAUCCAUAUCAACACUCUCUGACAUCCCAUUGUCUUAGACCAAGACUAUGGCCAGGAACCAACAGUCCUCUUGAUUUUUAUCUGGAUGUCUUAGACCAGAAGUAAGACCAGGAACUGACAGCCCACUUGAAGGUUAUCCAUAUCAACACUCUCAGACCUCCAAGGGUCUUAGACCAAGGCUAAGACCAGGAACCGAUAUCCCUCUUGCAUAGUGGGACAGAGUUUGAACCAGGGGGUGUUGCAGAAGUGUUGAAAUUAAUGCAAUGGACCCCAGGACCCACUGUUUAACCAAGUUAUAAUCAAUAUUAUUCUGAGUGUUAGUCCAAAAACCAAGACCAAGCUCUGAAAUCAUGCUACUAAUCUUACCCAGUAUGCAAUGCCUGUUCCAUGGUGUCGGACACGGCAGGAACCUUGGACUGCAAGCUAAUAGAACUAGGAUAAGAUUAGAGAACUUUAUUUACUGUAUAUUCUCUCCAAAAAUCUGCUUCAUGAUUGUUAUUUUGGUUUUGGAAGUGCCAUGAAAGUACCACCCCCGGGAGCAGUAACAAGAAUAUAAACAAGCAUUAUAUUUAUAUAUCACUUAUUUAAUAAGAAACAAAAGGAAGUUCAAUGAAAAUAAGCCCAUGUUACUUGCUAUUUAGGAUAAAGUACAGGACUUAUUAUAGAUAAAAGAUAUGACAAGAAAAUAUACAUAAAAUGAUUUAUCCACAUUGAAAAAAGGCUAUUGAGGAAAGAAUGAAAUGUUGUAAAUUCAGGUGUAAUAGGUUGUAUUUCAGAUUAAGUUUGGUUCAGAAGUUUUAGAUUUGUUGGUAGUCUUCUGUCAUUCUGUUGUGCCAAAUCCUAGAUGUGUUUCUGAAUUUCCCAAAAAUAUGUAGUUCAGAAAAAUAUUAGUAGUAAUGUUUACUACCAUGUUUCAAUCAAAGCCAAAUAAUAAUAUGCAACAUUUAUAUAAACGGCUACCCUGAUUUUUUAAUGUCUGAAGUAAGAUUUAAUUAUGAUUUAAUUGAAUUAAAAUUUCCUUCAGAAAGCUAUUUAUCCACGUAGGCUGCACUCGGCUGCACCUGGUGAGGUGAUUGGGCACCCGGUAGAAUUUAUUCCUUGAAUGCUUUUACGUCUAUAUAGCAAAUCAGCUACAGCCGGGUUAACAAUAGGAUAACAAGUAUCAAGCUAUAUAGUAUAGAGGCUUCACUAUGUAAAUGGACCUGUUAUCACAUAUUUUUAGUAAUAAAUAUAUUAUCCACACAAGUGAAAUGUCUAAUACAUUGAAAUUUACAGAAUUUUCCAUUUGUAACAUUUGUUGAAACUGAGUUUAUGUGAAUCAUACUAUGUUGUUGUAAAAGGUAAUCCAGGGAGUGUUUCACAAAGAUUUAAGUGUGACUUUAGUAGAGUCGCACUUAAUUUAAUUUUUCAGUUGUGUGUGGUAUAUAAGUCAUCAUUGCAUUGGUCAGAUCAUGCGCAAGGGAUGCGCAGAACACAUAUUCAUCAGUCAGAUUUCGCAUUAAAUAAUGUACGUGGUAAAUAGCAUGAUAUGUGCAUUGGCGUUUAAGCAUGACUCUAAGUCCCACAUAAGUCUUUGUGAACAGCAUCCCCCAGAUCACUUUUAUUUUCUCCAUGCCAUUUUUGUUAAUAAACAUUUCACAAAAAAACAUGUCAGACAUUCAGGAUUGAUAAUGAUGGUCAAUGAUCAAAUGUUGAAAGUUGUUUUAUUUUAUAUUAUGUGUUAUGUCUUUAGGUCUUAUUUUACCCAGGGUAGCCACUUCAGUUCCGAAAACUGUUCUCCCAGCGGGCCCUGCUUAACAUAUUAAUAUCAUUAUUAUUGCUUAUAAUAGUUGCAAGUUUUUAUGUUCAGAAUAACACAAUGAUAUGGACUGUUUUUCUUUAAUUUCUUUCAAUCAAGUCCACCUUAAAACAGAACAUUACCCACUGAAAGAGAAAUCAGUUAAUAUUUUCAAAUUUUUAUUCAUUGUUUUAAAUUCACUGUUCUAGAGUUUUUACACCAUUUUCAGGAGUCAAAAGAAGCCAGAAGAGGGCUUAGAAAUACUCCCCUAUGGAUAUUAAAGUUCUUGUCUUAGAUUAAUUCUUAACUCAUUGAAUGCACUAGUGCAGUUUAUCACCUUUGCUAAUGAUACAAUAAGGUAUGAUUUUGUUUAUUGUACUGAUGUCUGAUAUAUUUUGGUAUUAUGGUCCUCAUAAGUGUACAUAACUUAGAUAAAGAUUGUGAAAGAUGUAAGCCUAGUAAUGGUUGUCCUUUCUACAAAAAUACUCUUCAAAUGGAUUCUUGUUGAUCAGCCUUUCUCAAUUAAUCACUAUUAUAAGGAUUAUUUAUGAUCAGGGGGUGUUUCAUAAAGCUGUUCAUAAGUUACAAGUGACUUUACAAACGACUGAUGAUCCCUUUUUAGAAGCUGCAUCAACACCAAUGAAAAUUGGUGCACAUAACUUACCUUAAGAAAGGAUUUAUAGUUGUUUUUAAAGUCGCUCGUAACUUAUGAACAGCAUUAUGAAACACCCACCUGGUGAGUGUUUUAUAAAGCUCUUCGUGAAGUUACACACAGUGUUAUGCACAAGUGAAACAUGGUCCUAGUGCUUAGUCAUUUACAUACGGAUAUAUGAUUUAGUGCAAGAAAGAAUCACCAGUCAUGCAUAACAUUUAAACAGCUUUAUGAAACACCCCCCUGGGCCCCGUAACACAAAGAUUAGUGAUUAAUCGCUAAUCUGAACGAGCAAUUCUGAUUGGUUCCUAGUCAGUCUACAGAGCCACAUGCACAUGCAACAAGUAUCUUGAUAGGCCAUCAAUCGCUAACCUUUGUGUUAUGGCGCCCAGAGUGUCUUAUACUGAUAUUAAAUGAGGAUUUGUGUUUUUGUUUCACACUUUUCAUCCAACUUGAUUGAUUCUUUGUUAAUUGUAUAAUGUGAUUAUAUAUGUGAUUGAAUCUUGUAUAAUUUGUGUGCAAUGGAAGAGAAUAUACUUCUAUCAUUGAUGAAAAUGAUAUAUCUUACUCUUUGAGAGAAAAAAAAUCAUCCAGCAUUGAAUGCA